CCUGUGGGCACUGAAAUCCAGCUCACUCAUGCUUAUUUCCUGUAAUGGACAAACUUGAUGCUAAUGUGAGUUCCAAGGAGGGCUUUGGUUCAUUGGAGAAGGUCUUGCUGCUCACGUUUCUCUCGGCAGUCAUCCUGAUGGCCAUCCUGGGCAACCUGCUGGUGAUGGUGGCUGUGUGCAGGGACAGGCAGCUCCGGAAAAUAAAAACCAAUUAUUUCAUUGUAUCUCUUGCCUUUGCGGAUCUUCUGGUUUCGGUGCUGGUGAUGCCCUUCGGUGCCAUUGAGCUGGUUCAAGACAUCUGGAUUUAUGGAGAGAUGUUUUGUCUUGUGCGGACAUCCCUAGAUGUCCUGCUCACAACAGCAUCAAUCUUUCACCUGUGCUGCAUUUCCCUGGAUAGGUAUUAUGCCAUCUGCUGCCAGCCUUUGGUUUACAGGAACAAGAUGACCCCUCUGCGCAUCGCAUUAAUGCUGGGAGGCUGCUGGGUCAUCCCCAUGUUUAUCUCUUUCCUCCCUAUAAUGCAAGGCUGGAAUAACAUUGGCAUAGUUGAUUUGAUAGAAAAAAGGAAAUUCAACCAGAACUCAAACUCGACCUACUGCAUCUUCAUGGUCAACAAGCCCUACGCCAUCACCUGCUCCGUGGUGGCCUUCUACAUCCCGUUUCUCCUCAUGGUGCUGGCCUAUUAUCGCAUCUACGUCACCGCCAAGGAGCAUGCCCACCAGAUCCAGAUGUUGCAGCGGGCAGGAGCCCCCUCAGAGGGCAGGCCCCAGCCAGCUGACCAGCACAGCACUCAUCGCAUGAGGACAGAGACCAAAGCGGCCAAGACCCUGUGCAUCAUAAUGGGUUGCUUCUGCCUCUGCUGGGCUCCAUUCUUUGUCACCAAUAUUGUGGAUCCUUUCAUAGACUACACUGUGCCCGGGCAGGUGUGGACUGCUUUCCUCUGGCUCGGCUAUAUCAAUUCUGGGCUGAACCCCUUCCUCUACGCCUUCUUGAACAAGUCUUUCAGACGUGCCUUCCUCAUCAUCCUCUGUUGUGACGAUGAACGCUACAGAAGACCUUCCAUUCUAGGCCAGACUGUCCCCUGUUCAACCACAACCAUUAACGGAUCCACGCAUGUACUGAGGGAUGCAGUGGAGUGUGGUGGCCAGUGGGAGAGUCAGUGCCACCCCCCAGCAACUUCUCCUCUGGUGGCUGCUCAGCCCAGUGACACUUAGACCCCGGGGACAGUGACCCAGAAGACAGCUGUGGCUCCAAGAGAGGGCCAGGUCCUAAGCUGCUGCGUGUGCCUGACUGCACCUGGCAUUCACGUCACCAGAGGCCUUCCUCCGCGGCUGGUGCAGGCGCCCCUCGCACACCGGGCUUUUCCUCCGAGAUUCCAGCAGGCGGCGUUUUGAGGGAGUCAGGGGACAGAAAGGCCUUGGUGCACUUUUCAUUCUCCAACAUUCCAUCUUCCUGGAGUCUCCACUCUUGCUUGACAGUCUCUAGUGUUCCUGACAUGUUCCCCUCGCUGUGACUGUGUCUCAGUCUUGUUCCAAGCACUCUUGCUCACUGUGUCCUAUCUCAAUCAUAGAUGUUUCCAAAUAUGUCUUCUUUGCUGUGUUGGCUUACAGAAAACACAUCUUCCCUGUGCCUGUCUUGGCCAUAGUUGUGUUCCAAGAGCUCACAUUUCUGGCUGGGUCACAUCCGUCAGAGUCAUGUCCAAACUACCUGCUGCUCCUUCUUCAUCCUGUUCUGUCCCAGAUGUUCACACUCUUUCCUCCCUGUGUGUGGGUCCAAACGAGCAUCCUCUUGGCCAGCCCCUGUCUUGGUCACAGACUUUUACUUGCUCUUUCCUUUGUCCACUGUCAGUCUGUCUCUUCAGGACAUGCUCCAUUUAUUUACCACAGAAGACACAGGAGCAGAGACUGUCAGUGGAACAUUGUCUCUGUAGCAAGCCUGGACUGAGCUGAAGACAGACGGUUUAUCCUAGUGCAGGGGCCAAGGGCCCAUUUGCUCUGAGAUGCUCAUCCUUCUGUUGGGUUAGAACCGGACAUCUCUUAGCGAGCCUAGGGCAGGGUAUCAGCAUUGUACAUGUUUACUAAGAGACUUUGAGAUCUUUUCUGUGAGCUUGUGGUGAAGGCCACGGUACCAACUGAAAACCCUUGAAACUGGGCUUAUUCCUCCCACAGGAGGAAACUUUCAGAAGUUCUCACUAUGUGACCUGGUCACCCUCACAGUUCCUCAGGUGGGGGAGCACAGAGCUCAACAAUGCUGGGAACACAAAAAACAAUGUUUGACUUGAAGCCAGAGGAUCUGAUGCCAGCUCUGGCUCUGCUCCUGAUAGGCUGUGAGAUCUUGAAUAAUGUCCUUCCAUCUCUGAACCUCACUUUCCACAGCUGCACCCCGAAGCUUGGACUAAGGUAGUAAGAUUUCCUUCCAUUUUUAGGAUAACAGGAAGCUGUUACAGCCAUCUGCUACCUCGAAAAGCCAUGGCCUGCCUGCCUUUUGGCUUUGUUCCAAAGGAACUACUAUCCAUUUGGGCCUCCUCAACCCCUGACCUUGUCCAAUCAACCUGGUUGUCAUUCAUGCACUGAUGAGUCCAUGGCUCUUGCCACUGGCCUAGAGUAAAGGUCCCAAGGAGAGAGGGCCACUUCCCAGAGCUGCUGUGGAGCUUGAACAUUCAUUGUGCCCAUGGUUUGAUAGCAUCUCAGGAUUAUUUAUCAUACUCUUUCAUACUGUCUUCUCUCUUGCUGCUCAUGAAGCAUCACUUAUCAUUUCCGUUGACGUUUACUCAAGUUCUAGGAUCGAACUUGACAGGAAAGAGACUUGGAAUUAAGAAGAGAAGAUUCUCUGUCUUGUGAAGGCUUAGUUUUGUUGGGCAGAAAGCCACGCCUUAGGAAGGGAAGCCGCGGAGGGUGCACCCUCAUUGACAGCCCCCGACUGCUGCUGGGAAACUGUGCUCCCUGCCGAGCCACUCCUUGUGGAGCCUGGGACUCUUUGUCAUCAGUGUAGCAGGGGAUCUAUUCUUGUCAAAUGUGAAGAAAGCUUACUUAAGUUCUAACUUGCACCCUGACACUGUGGUGGGACCAGUCCCCCGUUUGAUUUUCCAAGUCCCUGCUCUGGGGCCAUCACCAGGCUCAGCAACCCCCGCUCACUCAGAAGCAACCACCAUUUUGAGGAUAGUUCUUCUGUAAUACAAAGAAGGGAGCAUCAAGUUUUUGAGAUCGCAGCUCCAGACCCAAUGAAGAGACUCAAACAAUCUGCCCUGGCUGCCCGUGCACCCUACCUACCUGUUGUCUCCGUGAGCACGCUGCUGAAGAGGGCUGUAGCAUAGAAGUGGCAGGUGCACUGAAUCAACGAAUAACUGAGUGAAUCAAACUAAUUGCUGAACACCUCUGGCUUCAGGGGGAAUGUCUUCUGCCUAUUUCAUAAAGUUGAUGUGGAGGUUCAAAAAAAAAUCUUUGUGAAUGCAUUCUAUGAAUCAUAAAAUGGCAUCCCACCGUGUUCUGGAUGUUUUGAGUUACUGUGAUUGUGCCUGAGCUCUCAAGGGCUGAGUUUAUUUAGUUUAGAGAAUGAGCUUUUUAUGUCAAAAAUGAUAUGGGGGGUAGGAGGGUGUUUUUAAAGUACCAAUUCUUCCAAGUCUGCCCCUCCUCAUUUGGUCAUUCCAGGUUUCCCAAGAAACAAAUUCUUAAACCACAAACACAUUCAUUUAAAGGGAUUUUGUGGUUCUCAAAGUAAAGGGGUGGAUGGAGAAAAUGGAAGAUUAUAGGCUAAUUUGGGUAUGAAUGAGCCUAAAUGUUCAUGUCAUAUCAACUUAAUUCACAUGCCUGCUUGUCAUAAAAUAUAU